AUGGCUUUCUCUCUAAGAGAUGAAAUGAUUGGCUAUUUACCUUUUCCAAGAUGCCGAAGGACUGCAUCGUUUCACUCUAGAGGAAUUCAAUGCAGAGUGCAAAGCACUGAGACAGGGCUGAAUGAGCAGCCCGAUGGUGACUCUGAGUACCCAAAGAUGUCUGAGUACCCAAAGAUGCCCACCUGCGUGUCCUCAGGGCCUAGCAAGGGUUUUGGAAAUAUCUGUGCAGAAACUAAGGAAGAAUUUCACAGCAACAAACCACAUGCCCUCCGUACCUGGGAAAGGCUCCGGACUCGCUGA